UCUAAACGCUUCGAAAAUACCGCAAACAGCAAACCCGUUUGAACUGUCAUCGCGAACGGUUGUGUUUCGUUUGCGCAUUUUUUUGUUGGUAUCACUUCACGACUCUCCGCGAAGGACUGGGCCGUGUUGUGUUGUUCGCGAAAUUCCGUUGCCCUGGAGACUCCUGGUGCAGUGUAGAGGUAUUGGAAGGAGCCCGAACUAAAAAAAACUCAGGUGUGUCUGUUUGUGCUGGUACACUUAACGCAUACAGCCGAGAGUCGAGUGAAACGGUGUGAGCAAGCCCAAGUGUUGUCUCCAUCGGCUGUAGCUAUAGUACAGGGCCAGCGCCAGCAGAGGUGGAUUAGCGGUGUGUGCGUCCACUCGGACAGGCUAGACUUGAUCAGCGAGAAACAACAAACAGAUAGUACAGGUAUCUCGGGCAGGUCGCGACGUUUGCUAGCUGUGAGUUUGCUUGCGUGCAUUAAUUUUUGUGCGCUGUUGAGCAACAUCGGUGUGGUGUGUGUUGCCACGGUCAGAGUUUAUAUGGCAAAACAGAGCCUUUGUGGGUGAAGAAGACAUUGUGCAAAUAACAAUCGAAACGAACAAGAAUCAUUGUGUUGGAUUCCAAAUUAGGCCCUUGAAGUCACUAAACGUACAAUCGAUUAAUCGUUUCCAGUUCUUGAAAUGUCAAAUGAUUGCUGCGGGUAGUGUUAGUGUCAGAAAUAUCACGAACAGUGUUGUUCCGGGUUUACUGGGCAGGACGGAAAGUCUGGUGGAGGAAAUCAAACUUGGUGACCCACUAGGAGAACCAAGACGCCUACUGAGAGUGACCUAUUAGAACUUGAAGCAAGCAAAUCACGAGGUUCGAUGUUAGAAGCGACGAACGUGAGUUCUGCGUGGGUGGACUAUCAGCUGAAUAUCGCAGUGUACAUAUAAGCAAAUAAACAUCGGUUUCCUAUCAACACUAAUACCUGAUGAGGGAGCAUUGGACUCGAGGUUCGGUAGGCAGUUGACGAACGGAUGUAGAGCCGUAAACAAAGAGUGUUGUGUUUUUCUGCAAUAACGUAAACUUGCGUAAAUUGUGACGAUCCAAAACAGGCGAAUGUGGUGCUAGUCUGUGACUGACCGAGUGAAGUCGAAAACAAAACGUAAAUAAAUAUUUGUACAAUUAAUCAUUGGAUGGUGCUACUAUUUGUGUUGAGUUUGAAUACUCCAUUCAUUACUGCUAUUGCCAAGAGUCCAACCAGUUAAAUAGUGUGGGUACGUAUGAAACUUCGUACGUAACAAUCCAGUAUUGAAAGUCAGAGGAAUAAUUGACAGAGAGUACAACCAGCCCAUAAAGUGAAGGCUCAGUAUCGAACAGCCCCGUGUGGUGUGUUUUAUAAAGUCAACACGGUUAAAUAUUGUUCCAGGGCAGCUAGUGUGUGUGUUUUGUUUUUGGCGAGUCGCUGUGGUUUAUUUUGGUAGCCCAAACUCUGCGGUAUUUCGCGCGUCGAACUUUUGAUCGUAGCAGAACAUUGCCAGCCUAGGACCGUUUCUGAGCACAACCACACGCCACAGUAAUGACGUUUGCCGGCACCACAAUUGACCGGUGAAAAUACACCGUAAAACUGAUCAGCUAAACAAAGCCGUGAUGAGGCAGAGUUCAAAGCGAUGACCGAAAGUACCGGUUAACAUAACCAAUCACCAUAUCUCUUCAUGAAAUAACCAUCGGCGUCCAGGCCACAGUAGUAUAUAGCAUCUUCCACUUUCUAAGACAAACUGUCAAAACCAUAAUCAUCAUCACCUCCAACCUCAUGUUCAUGCUCGGAUCGACGUGUUGAUAAGCACUCAACCAUGAAACGGCGGCAACAUCAGCGAUGCUAUGCGCAAAAAUCUUUGGCCCCCUUUCGGUCGCAACUCGGCGGUGGUUGGGUCGGGCUCAUUAUGACCACCCUGACAGCACUGGUGGCGCUUAAUCUGCUUCUCGCCGUCGAAGGAGGUCUAAUUGCCAAAAGACAGACGACGGUGGAAACAACCACCACUGCGCCCAAGGUGGAGGAUUUUUUCACGGUGGUGCCCACCAGUCACUCGGAGUUGGGAAUCGAAAAUAAGUCACUACCGCUGGAAGUAGACUUCGGUGAUGGCAAAGAAGAACCAUCGGAAGGAGCAAUUAUAACUGAAAGACCAGCAUCAUCGGAAUCGGAAUCGGAGUCAGUUACCUCUCCGGCAGUUGGUUCUACUCGUUCGGAAGCGCCAACAACCGUACUAGCACCAACUAAAAGUGCAUCGAUAGCGCCACCGUCGGCCGUUGAAGGACGAUCCGGCCGAUUACUUGUACAAGCCGAUCCUACGGAUGUACCGGUGAGCAACACAACCAACACCCUGUUGGUGAGCCAGCUCAGCGCACGGAUAAUCAAGAAUGCUUCAGCUAGGGCUGUGUCGGAACCGACGGCUGAGUUGGUCGAAGCAACUGGCGAAACAAUGACGACCAUCGCAAGCAUAGCCGAUGAGCAGCCGGAUGCGACAGUUGUGUCCAAGCUAGAUUCCGGUUCCGGCGAAAGCCCGGAGGCAGGACAGGCACUGCAGGCGGUUGCUGAGCUAAAAGCCCCCGAAGAGGAAGAGGAUGAGGACAGUGUGCCUCAGUUUGACUUGAAUAGAUACAUCUCCCCAUCAAACUACUCCCAUGGUGGCAUCUCGCUUGGGGAAUCCCGUUCCGCACGGGAACAAUUCUUCGCGGAACAAUCCGCUGAAGUCACGACGGAGCUUCCGGCUGGCAUUUGGGAAGCAACCACCACCCUGGAAUCGCUUGUAUUCGAGGAAAAGGCAACCGAACUACCGGUGGCGGCGGCGGCGAUAGCCGAAACGAACGAGAUUGUCGUUCCUGAUUCCCCGGUCAUCGGAGGCCAAAACCAUACGGUGGAAAGUAACCGAACGGUACGGUUGGACCGUUCCGAGGUGGAGAGCACCGAUUACGAGGUAGUUUCUAACGAGGUGCGAAACCAAACCGGUGGGUUGACUACGAAGGGGAAGAAAGGUAAGUUUUUGGAUCAGUUUGGGGCGACCGAGGAUAAUGACAUCAAUGGAGCUGCGUGGGCUUUGGCCGGUAUGCGGAUUGUUGAGCGAACGUCUAGUAAAACCGGACAGUCGGCUGCGGAAGCCGUGGAGGUAGUACGCGAUGAUAACGAGAAUGUGGUUGCAAAUAACACACUGAAGCAGUUGAUGGACUGGGCUAUGAUUGUUCAGGAUGCUGACUUUGCCAACGGUUCAUAUGUGAGACCAACCAGUGGAGAAGUGGAUCUCAAGGCCGAACUGAUUGACCGGCGGAAGUACGCAAAUAAGACUUCAGGAAACUUUGAUGCUUUGAGUGAGGAGAACAGACUCACUUCUGCUGUAACAGAGGUAAUCCCGGAAGCGACCACAGAAUUAGUAACAGAAGCGCCCAAAGUGAAUGUUGCUGUCAUUACGACUUCUACAACUCCUGCAGCAGAGGUUGAUGAACUUGAAGACUUCAAGUUUGAAGAGCGUGAUAAGAUCACAAUCGAAACUACGAAACGGCCAGAAUUAACAAAUUUCAUCCAUGAAACAACUACAGCUUUCAACGUCAGGGUAGCUCCGGUCGUGACAACGAUGAGACCCACCCGUGGAUAUGAAGUCAGCGAAAAUGUAGACGAAAACCAAAAGUUCGCUCUCCCUAGACGUACAACUCCUGGCAAGAUCGAGGCUAGCACUACCUUGGAAGAUAUUCCUGUGACCACUUAUUCGCCAGUGUCUCCGAUAAUGAAACGAAUAGAAACAACAACAGAAUCUAUGAUGGUUACGAGAUUCGAGUCCAUGCGUACCAGGGGUCGAAGACCUAUGAAGAGUACUACAACCACCACCACAACCACGACCACUUCUACUACUACUCCGGCACCGAUUACAACCACUACGGCUAGACCUGAAGAGGAAACAGUACCUCCAAUGACAACUACAGUGGCAAAAAUCACCACCACAAUAGCUUCAGUAACAACUACCGAAGAUAAUGUACCACUGCUCAACGAACUUACCAACAGGGCUAGUAACGAACAGGACAACUCUUCACCAGAAGUGGAUCCGAAUGCUUUGAUUCAAACCAACAACGAAAUAAUCAUGACAACAUCUACCGCCGCUCCAACUACGCAAAACAUUCGUAGGGUUACCGAUACCAUCAUCCCGCAACAAUCCACCAUUGUACCGACGGUGGUAGAGCUUCGCCCAGCUGCGGAGACAACCAACAAAGUCGAUCUAGCCGCCGAACCAACCGUAUCGGCUGAAGUGCUCACAAAUCGUAACCAACCGGUUUUGAUAGACGAAAAAAAUGUCUACGAUACCGUUCCGGAAAACACCGAUAGCCCGAUCCCAGAGCCGGAACCAACGGCUUCACCCGAACCGGAUGGCACUGCUGAACCAAGCACCUCAACGCGUCGAUCAAUCAGUCGCCUGUCAACCACCACCGAUUUGUCGGAAGAUGAAUCAGUCACCGAGGAAGACUACGUCGAGGUGAACUCUUCGGCGGCCAGCAACAAUGUGCCAUCCGUGUCGUCGUCGAACUCGCCUCUCGAUCAGGGACCAACCGAUCAAGUACCACCCGAGGCCGAAGAAGAGGAAGGAGGAAGUGGUGUUGUUGUUGCCGUCGUUGCAAGCCUUCUAAGUGUGGCACUGUUGCUGUUACUGGUUGCGGCGUAUUUGUACUAUCCGCAAUUACAGGUGCUACUUCGCAAACGGCAAGCUCAGGUUUCCUACGGACAGCGCUGCCGCCCGGUGGGACUCGAUGCCUACAGUCUGGACAACGUGUCCGUCUACAACAGUGUACGGCGGAAGGGUAACACGAUGCGCAUGUCGAAACGAUCGUACGGGAACUCGGCCUUUGAGGAUCCCGGACUGAAAACGAAUCCACUUACGGUGGCUGAGCUGGCCAAUAUCAUCCAGAACAAAACUGCCAUGUACGACGAAUUCAAGGAAAUCCCGAACGUAACGGCACGGGCCGACGAGGUGCCGGACGGAUGCGAAGACAAGAAUCGAUACGCAAAUGUAGUACCACUGCCGGAAACGAGAGUGCAUUUGAAACGCAUCAACGAUGACGAGAAAACGGAGUACAUCAAUGCGAACUUUGUCAAGGGACCGAAAGACUCCAGCAACUACUACAUCGCCUGCCAGGCUCCGAUGGAGAACACCAUCAACGAUUUUUGGCGCAUGAUCUGGGAGCAGAACUCCAAGGUCAUCAUCAUGGCCACCGAUCUGAGCGAGAAUGGUGUCGAGAAGUGCGCCGAAUAUCUGCCUCCCUCGGUCGUACUGGACAACAAUCGGACCUUCGGUGAUUUCCAGCUUACGCUGAAGAACCGCGAGAACAAGGAAAAGUACACCAUCUCAACCGUGCAUCUGCGUAACACGCAAACGAACACCUGGCGGGAGAUCAUGCACUUCUGGUAUCAGUGGCCGGAUACCGGCGUACCCAUCGAUGAGUCCUCCAUCAUCGCGAUGCUAUUGGAGGCUCGCAGCUAUUCCCGUCUGGCACCGGACGAGAUGGCCGAUGCACCGGUCGGAAUCACCAGCAUCGCUGAAGAGGACGGUACCGAAAGUGACAAUCCGCCGACGCCAACGGCGGCAGGCAACGGUAGUGCCACGGAUUCUAGUGUAGUAGCGGUAGGUAGCAAUAGUGUAGAUAGCUCGAACAACAACAAAUCGACGACGACGACGGACAGCGGAGCGCCCAACAGCAUCGUGUCCAACGGGGGAACGAUGGAUAAGCACAAGUCGCUGCAGCGAACACAGGGACCGAUAACGGUGCAUUGUUCGCCUGGAACGGGCCGCACCGGAACGAUUGUCGCGUGCGACGUGGCACUGCGAGCUGUCGAGAUUCCGCCGCGGACUGUUGAUAUUCCGCAUAUCGUAUAUUACGUACGGCGGGGCCGAGCUAGUGCCGUGAGAACGCGGGAACAGUACGAGCUGAUCUACAGGGUUGCCAACGUUUACGCUACCAAGCUAACGGGGCCGACGAUAGAAACAUGAGAACGACUCAUUUAAAAUCAAGUAUUGUGAGUACAUUCGAAAAGAAAAACCGCUUUGCUGAACACACUACACAAACAAACAAAAAACAAGGUCCGAACGACGAAAGUGCAAUCAAAUAGUUUAAACUCAAGCAAACGGCAAGCGGAAACACUCAUAGCCGAUACCUACAUACACCAAAAAAACGGCAAACCCGUAAUGUAUUGUGAGCAAAGAAAACAAAGCAGGAACAAUUAGCGAGGCUUCUCCGUAGUAUCCAGCAGUCGGAUGUCUGCUAGUAGUAGGAGACUAUCAAAUCUAGAGAUUUCAACUGGUCUACCAGUCUGGUUUCCGUCCUAUGCAGGCUUUCUAUUUUUGGAAUGGCAUCGAGGUCCGGAAGUCGAUUGGAAUCGGGGCGUUGGGUUUCAUUUAAGGGCGAUAGAAACGGCUAUCAAGCGGUAAGCUUUUGUCGCAGGUUUGGGUCAUUUGGCAUGAUUUCUAAGUGAGGCUUAUUCGGCAUAUUCUCGAAUGGUGCUCAGGGUGCUGGUCAUUUGGUAUAACGGACAUUUUGGAAUAAUUACCAACGCAUUUUAUUUAAACUGGAUUUGCGAUCCUUAUUAUUUCGGAUACAACAGGAUAGGAACGGCGAGAAAUCAGGAGGUUUUCCUUUGUUAAAUGGAUUCGAAAUCAUUUAAAACCUCAAGGCUCAAAUGGGUGCAUGCAAAGUUUAAAAAAGAAUUUAUCGCUUCUUCCAGUAGCUCCGCGUGGAACCCCCAUCUUGAACAGUCAUCUUGAACCGUCGUCACUUCUGGCAGCAAACCGGAGUAAACAGGAGCAAAUUUUUGUUUGCUCCUAUUUAGUCUGGAGUAUUUAAAACAUCGUGUGUACUGUGCGAUGAAGAAGUGAUCGUUGUGUCGAAAAACUGUUCUUGUUCUUCUUCUGCUUCUAGUUAUUUCCCGUCGGUCUAUUUCCGCUAUAAGGCCAACCACCGAUACCCGAGAGAUGACUCCACUAUCUCGACUAGAUAUCGACCCAUCAACUCAACCAUCGGCUUUACUUCCCUACCGAAGAAAGGCGUAACAACAGAUUAUAUUCACCUCAGAAAUAUUUCAACGAUCUCGGCUGGGAUUGAACCCAAACCAAUUGAGGUGAGUGGCGGUCACGCUUAUCACUCAACCACCGGCGCCGUCACUGCUCUCGUUCGGUACGUUAUGCGUUUCCCGACACGUGGCACACACAUUGCACAGCGUGACGUUAUUUAUGCGAAAAGCCGCAGUAUCUUCUCCCUGGAUCGUAUUGAGAGAAGGAAUGUUCUUCUUCACCAGCAUCCGGCGCAACACGAACACCGGUCUUCAGGCCUUCAAAAGCACCGUUACGCUUGUACCAUAGGAGGUCACGAACAUUGAAAACCUCACCGUACUCGAAGAGAAAAGCAGAAAUUGGUUCGUUGGUGUCAUCUUCGGGAAGCUCAAUUUGCACCUCCACCGCUCCGUCCUCCAUCGUUAUCCUUAGCGCUUGUACGAUUUUUCGCCGAGAACGAACUCGUGUUUGCUGUCGUGUUCUUCCACGAUUUUCUCAACCAUGGCAAGCCAUGGUUGUUGACCUCUACAUCCUAGUCUCCUGCUUAGCUGGAUUUGUAGUAUGUUUUCGCACUUGAGACUUCUUUCCCAAUUAAUUUUAGAAUCACGUCAUGGGAAAGGUGGUUCGAAAACUGAGAGUAGUCCACGCGGAAUGUAUUUUCCCGCUUCGCAGAGAAACAUAGUCGCGUCGUUUGCAAACAAUGUUUUUGAAAGUACCGAUGAAAAAUAAGCAAAAAAAAAACGUAUUGACUUAUUUGACAUCUAGGACACCAACACAGUAGUACUGUGUAUAGACAACAUACAUAUAACGCGAUGUUUUCAAUUCUCCAUCUGAUACCCCUAUGUUUUAGUAAGCCGGACAAACGAGUGGAUUCACUUGCUUCCGUCGGUGGGUUGACGGUCUCCUCGCCCGGUGGAUCCUCAGCCGCUUUACUAGGCCUCGAUUAUGCGGCUAAGCGGCAUCGCACUGGUAUACCUUAAAUAGAGGUUCCUGGAGUGUAUCGAUUCCCUAAAAUUGAAUCUAGGAAAUGCAAAUUUUCUAGCAACGCUCCAGCACCCCGUUGAACUCUAACGGUUUCGCCACCUGGGCGUUAGGUUGACACUACAGAAUGAACUUGGUUUACAUUCCUAAAGCGCAUCGGAUUGUUACCGGAACCCAGUAAAGUUCAACCAGAAAUGAGCCGGAAUUCUGGCUGGUUCUAAUGCGUAUUCCGACUUUAGUGACACAACCGAUUCUAACUAGAAUCGAUUGGCACUGGAACCGGAAUACUAAUUAGAACCAGCCAGCAUUGGGAAGUUCCCCUAAAAUUUAAUCAGGGAAAUAAAAAAAUUCUGGCUUCGCUUCAGCACCCCGUUGAACUCCAAAGAUUUCGCCACCUGGGCGCCAGUUUGACGCUAUGGAAUAAAUUUUCUUUACUUUCGACAAAUUUUGAUUCGGGGCAACAACAUCCAGCCGUACACCACCUUCGGUUGUAACUCUCUUUCUUUCAAUUUGAUCAUUGAAUGAAGAAUAAAAUUAUCCUUUUAUUUCUUAAACCGAUAGAGCUCAUCUUUCUAAAUAUAACAAUGUAUAUGUUCAACCUUUAAAAGUUCAGAAUGAAUUUCAAACGAUUUUCUAAGAAAAUGUAAACAUGUGCUCGUUUGACACGAGGGUCUGCCCCAAAGGGAAAAAGAGCGUUUCCGGAUAAGAAUAAGAAGAGUGGAAGAUUUGACAAACGCAAAACAGAUUCAAGAUAAUCUGCAUAAGGUGCAUGCAUGUGUGUACAAUAAUAUUUUUGAAGGCAAACGCUUUGAGAGGCUGAAAGCACUAGUUUCUAUAUUCAAAACAUUGUUUUAAUUAAUUUCGUUUUUAUCAACCUCUUUUUUGCGAAGUGAAUCAGUAUUUACGCAAUGUCCAUCUUGCCAAUCGUAAAACCAAAACUCUUGCUUUACGUAUGCCUGUACCUUAUCUGGUACCAUCUUGGGUUUUCACGUCAUUUGCAGUUUGACAAGACCAUAAUUUGAUGUUGGAACAGUCUAUCCCUGAGAAUGAUCAUAGGAAGGGCAAUCCCUCGGUUUGACACUACCGAUCUUCCUAGCCACGUGGGUUAGCUUUUCUGACAGUUAUCACAGCAAAAUGAUAGGGAUCAAGGUAGUUCAAUGGAAGGUGUAGUCGUGAUAAUUCAAUUUUAUAAAAUCUCUUAUUUAAUUUGCAAACAAAGUUCGAUUACGUAUAUUUACCGUUAGCUGCAUCGGAAAAAUUCAAAUGCCUUCUACCAGCUUUGAAAAUGUCUAGAGUUCUUUGCAAAUCAUUUCACACACACUACUUGAGAAGUUUGUUUUUCUCCAGCUGUCAUAUGUAAAACUGUCAGGCAACUUAAACUUUGAAACAGGUGUUGAAAUGCUCUGUAUUGCUGUAAAACUUAUUACGGAAACGCACAAUACCAGUUGGUCAGGUUCUAUCAAUCCGAUCCAAUCCGACUGAAAAUCUAUUUUCGAUUUGUUUUUCUCCACCUAUAGACCUUUCUACGGCUCGUGUGCGUACAUGUCGCAUGACACAACUACUACAUCACUAGCUGGUGGAAAACAAUAAACAAAGACGGCAAAUGUAAAUUAGGUUCUUUACUGACACAGUUAACCUCACUUUUCUUGACAGUUCACUAGUACUGUUUACAUGGACGUAAAAAAAUUUGGCGGACGACUAGAUUCGCUCGAAGCAAAUUGCGUUGCGUUGCGUUGCGUUGCGUUGUGACGAUGAUUUUGGCGGAUUGCACACUGACUUCAUCAUGUUUGACUGCUGAUUAUCUAAUAAGAGUUGCUUAGGAAGUGGUAAGUAGGAAUUCAUACCAAUCCGACCCAUAUUAAAACCUCAACAGCAUGAUAGCCAUCAUUGCCGGCCGCCCCCAUCUCCAUCGUUCACGGGGAAGGAUAAAGGAUAAGGUAGACGGGAAGUGUUGAUGCUCCACCUACUUAACGGAAGGACGACGAUUCAUCAGACUCUUCCAUAGGUGUCGCGGAGUUGGUGGUUUGGAAGGGUAUCAGGUCUAGGAUUCGCUCCAAGCAAACGAUGCGACCUGUAAAGCAUAUUUUAUUAGGUAGUUGUUUAGUUAGUCUUCGAGUGCACGAUCACUCGAAAAAGAGAUGAUCUUGUUUAGUUUUUGGUUAUUUUUAAACUCUGGGCAGCCGGCUACCGAGAGUAUACUAUGUUCCCUAAACAAAAACAAUUUGAACUCCACACAGCCGAUCGUGGGAGUAUUGCCUGGAAAAGCUAAUCUUAUCUGCAUAAUGGGCCGGAUCACUAUUUAUUGCAACAGUAUUUGGACAGAACUCGCUACUUCUUCUCUACGAUAUAUUUAUUGGCUUGAAAACUACCAAGUGACAGCAUAUUAUACUGGCAAAAAUAGCGCGAGAUGUUAUAAAUCAAGGAAAGUAUUUUUUAUUUUCCAUACCGGAUUGUUUGUGGAAUACAAGUAUACGGGCGAUAAAACCGAACACUGAAGGGAAAUAUAAAGGAUUGUUAACCUGAUGCACGGGCUUGUUAGCAAUAACGGAGCUUUAAAUUAGGUUCAUAAAAACAGACGCGGCGAAUUUUCAAUACGUAUUGACCCGUGUUCAUAGAUACUAGUCAGAUUAGUCGUAUUGGGGCUAAUUUCCGAUCAACUAUUCAUUUUUACGGCAAUGUUUUCUCGACUAGAUCUGUUCGCACCCUCUCAUUCUGUUCGCACCCUCUCAUUCUGCGGUCUAAGGACCAAAUGUCAUCAAUAGACUUAGACUCGCGUGGAGGCAUGAGAUAGGAAACUUGUAAGAAUUUUGCUAUCCCACCGUUUGACUACCAGAAUGGAUGGGAGAACAGUAAUACUAGCAAAUACCGACUACCAUAAGAGCGGUGCAAAUUUGAACGAGUGACGUAGAGUACUGCACUGAAAAAAGGACCAGGAGUGCGAUUUUACGAAGUUUUAGCUUCCGAUGGCCCUACAUUUUCUGACAAAGUGAAGUUCUUGAAUGUUGAGAUUUUUAUUACUGUUUAGAAAAGCAACAGUAUCAUAAAGCUAGUGUCAGGCCUUCAUGAGACCUCAAGAAGUCACUUUUGGAGGUAUUCGUAAAUGUAGAUUUGUCGGUAGACGGUUUCAAAUAUAAUAGAAAAAUACCUAAUUUAACACAACUACAGAUCACUUGCAACAUAAAAAGCUUUUUGUGAAAUUCGACAGCUCCAUCUUAGGCCAAUUCAAUAAAUUUCCUACAUGAAAGUUUCCAUUUUUUAAAAACGGUUUUUAAACCAAAGCUUUGGAAGUUAAACCUUGGCGUGGAAGUGCCGGUAUAUUAAUAUAUUCUGUUACUUAGUGUAGAAUUAGAUUUCGUCAUUUACGGCUAAUAUACAACCGCCAGAAGAAACUUAAAACGUUGGUACACAAUCAAGAAAGGCGAAUCAGAAAAGGUGAGUAUAUGUCAGUGAUUCACUAAAUACAGACUGGAAAGAGGGUAAUAUGGAAAACCUUAAGGUCCGUCCAGAUUAAGUCUUCGGUACGGAGCAAAACCUCGGCCUAGGAACUCCUAGCAUGUUGUUAGUCGCCUCUUACGACAUGGGAGCAGUUCCCAGAGGUUCUAUUCUUGGUUGAAAUAGUGCAAAAAGAUUUCAGCCCGCCGGACACCACACGGCUUUAGAUUCGCUCGAAGCAAAUUGCAAAGAAUUUUUCAAAGUCCAUGUACACAGUACAAGCGAACUGUCAAAAAUGAUAACUCAAGUUCAUUUGUGAUGUCACCGUAAAGUAUUCAAGUAUUGUUUUCAACCAAGAAACUGCAUUAGUGUUCGUAAGAGCGGCCGACAAGAAGUCAAUGACAGGAACGUGAAAUGUAAACAAAGUUCAAUCAGGUGGCGAAAUCGUUAGAGCUGAAGCGUUGCCAGAAAACUUAUUUUCCAGAUAAUGAUGUCGUCCAAGGUAGUUAAUAUGUUUGUUCUGACCAGAACUUAAGGAGGAACGAACAUUGGUACGAAAACGAAAAAAGCAAUUUUUUCAACACCGUUUGUUAGAUCAUCGUGAAAAUCAAUCAGCUUAUGUAGAAUAUUGUUACAGAACUGGUGAUUGAUUUUAAUAAAUAUCUAACAAACGGUGUGAAAAAACUGCUUUUUUCUUUUUAGAUUAUUAUCCCUUUCUCCCUGAAUAAGGCUCGACAUCACAAUCAUUUGUUUACCAUUUAUCUGUCAGUGUUAUUCCAAUCAAACAAGACCUGUAAAAAACAUUCAACCCAUAUAGUGACAUAUUGUUUGGAUGAUACCCUGAACACGUCGUUAGGCUCUUAAAUCAUACGAUGUUCAGGGCUAACAGAUACAUUAAGAUGUAACAAGAAUUCAGAUUCUUCAAAGAUUAAAUUGAUUGGUAAACUUGUUAUAGUUAUCGAAAUUGAACCAAAGUGUUAUAGUAGUUCAGUAGAAUUUGUUUCAGCUUACAUACGCCGGUUAAACUUUACAAUGAGCGUGAGUAAAAUGCUAGACAUUUGCGUUUGACACCCACCAUCAGAAUCAAAAAGCCUGUACAGUCGAUUUCCGUACGUUUUUUCAAUUGUUUUCACUUCCUCAUCAUUUCCUUUUCGUCCUUCGCCACUCCUUUGGUCUUCCGAAGUUCGCGCUGCAUCAUGACCCAAUGGGUUUCGAUUGGACGGAGUUCAGAACAGUUUGUUGAGGCUCGUGUCUUUCGGCACAAAACCCACCGAAUUAGUCGCCACUCCUGUACGAUUUUGGAAUAGCGGCAUAACACCAAAUUACGCAAAAAAAGGUUUUUGAUUGUCUUGUCUCAAAAAGCUCGUUUUGGAGCCACUCAGUUUUGUAAAUCUUACCGUGUGUGGGGCUUUUAGUCACGAAUUCACUACGUUUGCCACAAGUUAAUACGGCUCGCCGAAUCAGAUACUUCUAAGCGAAUUUCGACAGUCCCUUCCAUUUGAAAUGGUCAUCCACAGCAAACAUCUCCGUUACCAUCGAAAUAUUCCUGCCCCGGUAACUGCUUAAAAAUUCCCUUUAUGUUGGUUUAAUUAUUAGUGACGCAGUACCGGUAUUUUGUUGACAGCGUCGAGUGGCUGGAAGUUGUUGGCUCGAAUCAAAACUUGUCGAAAGUAAACAAAGUUCAUUUCAUAUCGUCAAUCUGGCGCCCAGGUGGUGAAAUCAACGGGGUGCUGGAGCGUUGCCAAAAAAAUUUUAUUUCCAGAUUAAAUUUUACUAAACUUCCCAGUUUAACUCAGCCGGAAUGCUGGCUGGAUCUAAUUCGUAUUCCGGCUCCGGUGACACAACCGAUUCAAGUUAGAAUGUUUAAGGGGUACCAUUUCGAUGCGGCUUAGCCGCAUAACCGAGGCCCGGGCGAGGUGGCCACCGACCCGCCGUCGGAAGCAAGCGAAUCUGUGAUCCACUCGUUUGCCCGGCUUACUCAAACAUAGGGGCUAUCCCUAAUUUAAGUCCGACUGAGCGGUAGCGAAGUCGGACAGCACGCGCAAAAGCGAUGUGGCGUAGCCAAAUUGGGUGCUGGACACAAAAUAAAAUUGGCAACGCUAGCAAAAGGUAAGCACAAAUGAACACUCCGGAUGAACCUAUCGUCAAUUGACAUUUCGGCGAGUUUUGAUUCGAGCUAAUAAUAUGGACCCGCGUCGAGUAGUUUCAGAGUGCGCGUUCUGGCAACACUCCGUUGUGAUUCGUCACAAUCUGGGAAUCUCUGUGGAUUUUGCUUUAAAUAAGCAAUCCGCGCUCUGUAGGUUAUUUUGUGGCGUUAUUCCCAGUUUUCGUCGAGCUCCUAGCUUGUGGUUUACUGUCAUCCGUGCUUGGAACCUUUGGAGGACCCUUGAGACGGUCGAAUGAUGUAUAUUCAUUGGUUCACGCGAGCAGUUUGCUGAUUUUCUUCCAGCUCGACCGGAAUCUCACUGACAACUGCACUACUGAGCGGAUGUAAACAAUCCACUCUAAAGAGAAACUAGGCAAGUUUGGAAGUGUUGCAUUAAUUAUAGAUUCACCGUUUGCUUACAUUCUUUUUGGUCAGUUUUUUAAAUCUGUUAGUCGUUUCAACCAGCGAAACACGAUCUAUACGUAAGUCGAAAAGAGAAAGCCUCGUUUUGUUCGAACUGAAAUAAGAGUACGGAAAAUGGCAAAGAGUACGGAUUGAUCGAAAGGAAAUUAAACAAAUUCUAUUGUUUACCCUAAUUACAAAUUCUUCCAGCUGAACUAUUGUUUUUUUUUGCUAUGAUACUCUUUUCUUUUUGUCGUAAUUAAAAUAUUUACUAUUUUAACUCUCAUUAUGAUAUUAAAAAGGUCUGAAAAUUAUGCUAAAUGCUCACUAUGCCAAAUGUCCGUUAUAGCAAAUGACCCUUGUUUACACCAUGCAUCUGCAUGAAUUUUUGUUAAAAAUCGUAGUGAUACUGCUUGGAAUAAACGUGCCCACCGAUUCCAUCGACUUCCGAGCCUCAGCAACGCCACUCAUCUUACAAACGCUCGGCUGUAAACUGCCUCCCCUAUAUCCGAAUCGUUACAUCUCCCCCACCUUCAAAACGAAUCAACCCCGUUGUAACGAAUCAAUCAAACAAACAAAAUCGAAUGCAGGACAUGCCAUCUGGUUGUGGUUCAAUCUGCGGCGACCGCGGGACAACACAUAGCCGAAGACAUACACACCAGCCCCGGAGCGAUGUCCACGACUCAUAAUACUUGAUUUUAAUCUCUAGUGGGAUAGAGACUAAAAUUUGUAACAAAACGAGACGAACACAGCAAAACAAAACAAACAAAAAAAGGCGACACAUUUGUAUAUGAAAAAAAAACCCUUACUCUAAAAACGUUUAGCGCACACUUACUAGCGGCACAAGCAAAUGUGAAAAUUUUGUGCAAUCAUCAAACAAACCUGAAUUUUCUCCACUACAAUUUCCGCCCCAAAAAAAACAUGCACCACCUAUAAUGAUACACUUAUAAAAAUAGAAGCUACUAUGUGUUACUAGAUAGUCGUAGAAAGAAUUGGUUUUCCGUUUUACUUGCUCCUCUCUCUCUCUCAACUCCUACUAGAACUGGUUAGUUUUCUUUGUUAUAGGUUGGGUAAUUUGUAGGCUUUAGUUAGGAGAAUGUUGCAAUAUUCAAAGCGCGGAGAACAGUUAAAAGAAUUGUUAUACAUGUUUUGAUUAGUUAAAUAUAACAGAUGUAAGAAAUAUAUGCAUAAAAAAUAUGAAUGUAAAAGUGUGUAAAAACCACGAACGAUGAAAACGAUGACAGACUAAAACAAACAUUAGGAAAACUUGAUCUAGGAAAAAUUUAAAACGUAUGAGAAGGAAGUGUCAUAUCUGGUUUUGUCUGUGGUGCUAGGAAAUACUGACUAUUAUAAUUAUGACUAUUAUUACUGAAAACUGAUGUUAUUAUUACUAGUAUUAUUCUAACUAUUAUCAUUAUCAUUGUGUACACCUGUAUAGAAAAUUGUGAUAAUUAUUGUUUAGGGAAAAUUUCCUACCAAGCGGAUAUUUUUUUUGUUUUGAAAACCACGCGCAAUUAUUUAUUCUCAACGCAAACGCUAUUAGAGGAAAUGAACAAACAAACCAUCGAGGACGUAUAUUGAACUGGACUGAGAAUCUUCUUAGGAAAUAAGAACGAUGAGUUGAGAGAAAAAAUUAAACCGAUAGAUUUCCGGUUUUUGCUGCAUCCGCAGAAACCCGUCACACGAUCAGAGAGCAAUAUUUAUAGUUUAAGUAAAAAAAACCUUGGGCCAAGGUGAACUUUCAAUCAUGUCAAGUUCAUAGUAAUCAUCACUGCAUAACUAGCUAGAUUUAGAGGAGAAAAGCCGUCCUGGCUGAGUGGCAUUAAACGAUUCACCCAACCAGAUUUCUAUUACGUUCGUUACAAACAAAAAUAAAGCUUCUAAAGCUGGUCGAAAUGGAUGCUCUCCUUAGCCUAGACAAACGGCGCAAUACUACAUGUUGGAAAACAUUCAAUCGAGCAAUGCACUCAAGAUCACUAUUCCUCUUUGGUAGUGAGCAUUGCAACAUAGGAACGCAAUAAAUACUGUUAUAUAAAAGUA